UACUCCACGUCAGCUGAUUCUUCAUGCGGCGGCCGCGGGCUGUCACAGGCGGCAAAUGUGCGCGUUCUGUAGUCCUCGAGCAACCGUUGCGACGUGCGUAUGCGCGACACGCAUCAUCAGUCUUUCCUCUGCGACUCGGUAUACCGUAUCGCGACGUCGAUGUCUCUAUAAGACUCUCAGCUACGAACAUGUGAAACGUUCUUGAUGCCGCCGUUUAACGCGUGCUCUCUUCUCGCAUGACGUAUCUCACGAACGUUUCACACGUGCCUUUCGAGUUCUCCGUGAAGAGGAAAAACCGUGAUAGGAAAACAAAGAUGACGUCUCGAAACAAACCAAUUAAAAUUAAAAUUACGACCGUUGGCGAUGGUAUGGUUGGGAAAACAUGUAUGCUAAUCACGUAUACAAAGAAGGAAUUCCCAACGGAAUAUGUACCUACCGUUUUCGAUAACUACGUUGACAGCAUAUGCGUAGGUGGACAGCAAUUUGAAAUGACAUUGUGGGACUCGGCUGGUCAAGAAGAUUACGAGAGGCUUAGACCAUUAUCAUACCCAAACACUGAUUGUUUCCUGGUCUGUUUUUCUGUAAGUGCUCGUAGUUCUUUCGAAAAUGUAGCGAGUAAAUGGCAUCCAGAACUCAAAGCGCAUUGUCCCAAUGUGCCAAUUGUACUUGUGGGUACCAAGGCAGAUCUUAGAAAUCAUCAAGAAGCUAUGGAUAUUAUUAGUCCACGAGAUUGCAACAAAAUGAGAAGAAAGAUAAAGGCAGUCAAGUACGUCGAAUGUUCCGCAAUAAAACAGGAGGGUCUUGAAGAGGUUUUUGUGGAAGCUAUUAAAGCCGUACUGAAAAAACCGCGAUCGAGAAAGCUUUGCUGCAUCCUUUGAAACUAAUGCAUUUUAAUGCAUCAGUUUGAAAAACACAUCUGACGAUUAUAAUUAUUAAGAGACCUAUGUUAAACCAAAGAUUUUCUUUCCAUCUUUUGUUCACGUGCUUUUUUUCUUGUACAUUUUAUCCUUAACGAUAUCCGUAAGAUAUAUUUUACUUUC